AUGGACCAGGAAACGCCAACCGCCGAUCCACCGCGGGGCUCCCAUGAUGUGCUGGUUGUGUUGACCUUGCUACUCCUCAACUUCAAGACUUCUCGAUUGUUCAAAAUCAACCCGAAGCCCUUCAGAGCGGUGCGUGAUACGCGUCGGAUCGAUGGGGCUGAGGCCAAGGACGCCGAUCACCCGGCAAAUCCUCGCGUGGACGCUUGCUGA